CAUUGCGCGUUUCUCAUCAACGCACAGUUUCAUUCCGAAAUCUAAUUGGAAAAUACAAAAAAUUUUCCUGGAAUAUCAUAUUCUCUAGUUCUAAAGCACAGUUUUCAGUAAAGGGUACCUUUAAAUUCAUCUGAAAGGCACAAGGGCAAAAGAAUAGGUUUGAAUCAAUGGCAUACGAAGGCGAUCUCAAUCUGAAGGCAACAGAGCUAAGGUUAGGGUUGCCAGGAAGCGAUGAACCUAAGAAACAAGCCAGUGCUCCUAGUAUAAGGAGCAACAAGAGAGCCUCACCAGAAAUAGCAGAGGAGUCUAGGACCAGAAGCAAUUCUAGUGCAUCGAUUGCUGAAAACGGUGACAGGGGUAUUGAUGAACCGCCUGCCAAGGCACAAGUAGUGGGAUGGCCACCGAUCAGAUCUUACAGGAAAAAUUGCUUUCAAACGAAGCAAAAUGAUGCUGAGGGUGAGGGUGCCUGUAUGUACGUAAAGGUAAGAGUGGAUGGAGCUCCUUAUCUGAGAAAGAUUGAUCUUAAGGUGUACAAGAGCUACCCGGAGCUCCUCAAGGCCUUGGAGAACAUGUUCAAGCUAACUAUUGGUGAGUACUCGGAGAGAGAAGGGUACAAUGGAUCUAACUAUUCUCCUACUUAUGAAGACAAAGAAGGUGACUGGAUGCUUGUUGGAGAUGUUCCAUGGGAAAUGUUUAUUUGUUCAUGCAAGAGGCUGAGAAUUAUGAAAGGAUCAGAAACUAAAGGAUUGAGCUGUUUAUAGAAAACCAGAGAACAUAAUUAUAUCCACCAAGAUGCACCUAGAAAAAACAUGGUGAUUCAGAUGAACAGGCAUUCGCCUUGUGUUUCUCCAGGAAGUCAGGUCUCUUGGGAACAAGGAAAGGAGCUGAAACAGAUUUAUCUGAUCUUUCUGGAAAUUUGGCUUUCGUCCUCCUAGGUUUUUGAUCUUAUGGUACCUUAAAAAAGUCCUACACUGGGAAAAAUAAUGGAGAAAAAUUUUCGAGAUUUAACUGUACAAAUGGUGUGUGUAUAUAUAUAUAUAUAUAUAUAGAGAGAGAGAGAGAGAGAGAGAGAGAGAGAGAGAGAGAGAGAGAGACUUCGAUAUGUUUAAUUUAGGAUUAUAAGGACAGAAUUAUACUCAUUAAAUUUCUUUUUUGGAGAGUUAUAUGAAUUUCAAUGAUGAAACAUGAUAAUAGAACAAAAAUACAUGUUCCCAUUACUCAAAA